AUGCCCGCAGCCAUUAAGAUAACUGUGCCCAAGUUGUCCGCCAACACAAAGCCUUAUGCCAACGCAUUGAAGCUCUCAAUCGCUGCCCAGGUUACUGGAGCCAAGCUCGUCGAGACUCCCGGCGAUGCUCUCGUUUUUGUUGCAUCAAACGAUGUCUCUUUGACAGACGCGAACGCUGCUUUAAAGUACAUCUUCAACGCCACUGCUUUCAAUGCUUUGCAAUCCGUUGUCAUUGAAAAGGAAGAGACCUCUGUCAGCCCUCUUGUCAUCAAGAGAAGAAUCGAUCAAGCUUUCCAAAACGCCGAAGAAAUCCUCAUCAAGCAUGCCAAUGCCUUUGCCAAGGAAGCUUCCAAUGUCACUUUGGUUGAUGUGAUUUACUACGGUACUCUUUUCGAGACUUUAUCAUCUGCCAAGGAUCUUAGCAAAUACCCCACCUUGUCUUCCUGGUUCAAUAAUGUCUCCAAGAACGAGAAGUUUACUGCUGGUGUAGAGCAUGUCAAGGAACAGACAAAUAAAGGUGCAAAACCCAAGAACAAGGCUGUGUUUGCGGAAAAGAAGGUCGCCAAAGAGAUUCCUAAGCCUGUUUUCAACAAGGCUACCCAAAAGGUCAACAAUGUCGCUGCCAAGGGUCUUGAUCAAUCUGUCAAAGUUCUUCCCAAAGACAACGAACGUAACGUUUUGAUCACUUCUGCUCUUCCUUAUGUAAACAAUGUGCCUCAUUUGGGUAACAUUGUUGGUUCCACAUUGAGUGCAGAUGUUUAUGCUAGAUACUGUCGUGCUCGUGGAUACAACACUGUCUACUUCUGUGGUACCGAUGAAUACGGUACUGCUACCGAGACCAAAGCUUUGGAAGAAGGUGUCUCAUGUCGAGCUCUCUGUGACAAAUACAACGCUAUCCACAAUGCUGUUUAUGAAUGGUUUGAUUUGUCUUUUGACUUGUUUGGCCGUACCACCACCGACAGGCAAACAGAGAUUGCUCAAGAUAUUUUCUUGAAGAACUACAAGAAUGGCAACAUUAUCAAGGAAACUAUGACACAAUUGUUCUGUGAAAAGUGUAGCAGAUUCUUGGCUGAUCGUUACGUUGAAGGUACCUGUCCUCACUGCAAGUACGACGAUGCUCGUGGUGAUCAAUGUGAUGCCUGCGGCAAGUUGUUGAACGCUACUGACCUUGUCAACCCUCGUUGUAAGCUUGAUGGUAAUGCUCCGAUCACUAAGGACUCCAACCAUCUCUUCCUUGAUUUGGCCAAGCUUCAGCCUGAAAUUGAAGCUGCCUUUAAGCAAUCUGCUGUUGAUGGUAAGUGGUCUGCUAAUGGUGUCAACAUCACUCAAUCCUGGUUGAAGGAAGGUUUGAGACCUCGUUGUAUCACCCGUGAUUUGAAGUGGGGUACUCCUGUUCCCUUGGAGGGUUAUGAGGAUAAGGUGUUCUAUGUUUGGUUUGAUGCACCUAUUGGUUAUCCUAGCAUCACUGCCAACUACACCGAUGAAUGGGAAAAGUGGUGGAAGAACCCCGAGAACGUCAAGUUGUACCAAUUCAUGGGUAAGGACAAUGUGCCUUUCCACUCUGUCAUUUUCCCUGGUUGUGAGAUUGGUACUGGCGAGAAGUGGACUACUGUCAACCACAUCAGUACUUGUGAGUAUCUCAACUACGAAGGUGGCAAGUUCUCCAAAUCUCGUAAUGUAGGUGUCUUUGGUAACAAUGCUGAGGCCACUGGCAUUCCUCCUUCCGUCUGGCGUUACUACCUCAUGUCCGUUCGUCCCGAAACGAGUGAUUCCAUGUUCACUUGGAACGAGUUCAUCACCAAGAACAACAGUGAAUUGUUGAACAACCUUGGUAACUUUGUUAACCGUGCUAUUCGUUUCAUCUUUGCCAAGUAUGAUGGUGUUAUUCCCAAGGCUGAUUUCUCUGGGAAGUUAGAAAGUGGCCUCAUCAAGGACGUGAAUGAACUCUUGAAGCAAUACAUCGAUACUAUGGAAAAUGUUAAGCUUAGAUCCGGCCUUGGUAUUGCUAUGAACAUCUCUGCUCGUGGUAAUCAAUAUCUUCAAGAAGCCAACUUGAGCAAUGCCUUGUUUGAUGAGUCUCGUCCCAAGUGUGAUGCCGUUGUUGCUACUGCUGCCAAUUUGAUCUACCUUUUGUCUGCUGUCCUCAGUCCUUACAUGCCUGCUGCUUCUGAAAGCAUGUGCCGUCAAUUAAAUGCUCCUCUUCGUACUAUUCCCGAUGAAUUUGCCAUGGAUAUCAAGGAGGGCCAUGUGUUGGGUGGUGCUGAAUAUUUGUUCACCAGAAUUGAUGAGAAGAUGGAAGAAGUCUGGAAGGGCAAGUAUGGUACUGGCUCCUCUUAA